UCUGUGGUUUUUUGUUAGAGGAAGACACUUUAACAGCCAGGCAGCUGAGUUCCUGUUCUCAGCUCAAACAGAAGCUGUGGUCACUGUUUGUCUGUUCAGUCACUUCAGUCUGUAUGAAGAUGAGGGUGAAUAUCUGCGGCUGCCUGUUAGCCUUUGCUCUAGGCUGUAAUGUCACUGCAGAAAUAAUCCAUGAAGUAUUUGAGGAGAAGGCCUCCAUCUCUCCUCUGCGAUGUCCUCACUCUGUGGAGGGUAAAGUGACGUGGAGCAGAGAGAUUAAUGGAAACAAAGUUGACAUACUUACAGUUGAUGGUGACGGAGAUAUAAGACACAAUGACCCAGGCAGACGAUACAGUUCAUUGGCAGAUAAGUCUCUUCACAUUCGCAGAGCUGCCGUCUCAGACACUGGAAGAUACUUCUGUAAUAAUGAACCGGCUGUGGAGCUGACGGUGAUCCCAUCAGGGACAGUCAGACUCACUGCUACAGAGAGGACCAGCGUCACUCUGAAAUGCCCUCCUGAUGUUGGAGGAUCAGAUGUUCCAACAUGGAGCAGAGACACUGGUGAAAUACAACAACAAAGAAGGUUUUAUGUUUCACCAGUUAACAAGACGUUGACUAUAGCAGACGUGCAGCCUGUUGACUCUGGACUUUACUACUGUGAUGGAAAACCAGCUGUGUAUCUGAAUGUGACCAAAGGUAAAAAGGCCACAGCAACCUCAACACCAACAACUCCAAAUACGCCUUCAGCAAGACAAACAGAAGCAAGAACAACAUCGACGGCAGCAGCACCUCCUCCAGCAGCAACAUCUGUAUCAUUAACGCCGACUCUGGCAAACACUGAUACAACUACAACAAAGAAACAAAGUCACAACAAGAAACCUGACGUCAAGAGUGCAUUUAUGACCAGUCAAAGGCUUAAUUAAUUUCUUUAAUUACAUUUUGACUCGUAAGAAUGAAUUUUAUAUGGAGAAUAUAAUUAGAGAUAUCUACAAUUUAAUUUUGAAUUGUAAUGAAUAUUUGAAAUGUGAAUACCAGAUACCUCCAUUUACAUUAAAGCAAAUUCAAGAUAUCUUCAAUGUAGUUCUGACUAGUUCUAAUUUCUGUUAAAGAUUUAAUUCAGAGCACUGAAAGAUAUCUUAAUUAUCUUUUGGGAUAUCUCAAACUAAGAUAUUACAAUUCAAAAUUCAGAUAGGCCUACAUAAUCUAGUGUAUGUAAUUAUGUUGAAAUUACAUAUGCACAUAAUUACAUACUGUACUUUAUAUAAUAAUACUCUCUUUGUGUUUGAUGUUUGAUUUCUGCUGUAAGACAAGCUGUGUUUGUGUCCACUGCUCCCCUGUACUGUGUAUAACAUGCAAUAUUUUAUAAAUUAUUAAUUCUAAUUU